AUGUCUAUCGACGCUCUCAUCCAAGCGGCUCAGAACCGUCGCUCUAUCCACAAGCUGGGCAAGAACAGCACCGUCUCCGAUGCUAAGAUCGAGGAGCUUGUCAAUGCCGCUAUCUUGAACGUUCCCAGCGCGUUCAACACCCAGUCCACCCGCUUGGUUGUUCUGUUGAAGGACGAGCACGAGCGUCUCUGGGACAUCGCUGCCUCUGUCUUCGAAGGCCUUGUCGCAUCCGGCAGAGUCCCCGAAGAAACAUUCAAGAACCAGACCCUGCCCAAGCUGCAGAUGUUCAAGGCUGCCUUCGGAACCAUCCUCUUCUACGAAGACCCCGCACACAUCCAGCCCUACAAGGAGAAGUUCGCUACUUAUAAAGACCACUUCGAGACCUGGGCUGACCAGUCCAACGCUAUGCACCAGUACUUCCUCUGGACUGCUCUCGAGUCCCUUGGCUUCGGCGCUAACCUCCAGCACUACAACCCUCUCAUCAACGAGCCUGUUGCUAAGCAGUGGAAUGUGCCUUCUGAGUGGCGUCUUCUCGCUCAGAUGGUCUUUGGUAGCCCUGAGGCUACGGUUGGCGAGAAGGUGCAGAAGCCUGUUGAGGAGCGGGUCAAGAUCUUUGGCAAGCAGUAG